UUCUUCAGAAGAUUGAAAUUCACCUAACAGAAUCAAGAAUCAGAGCUUCUGCUUUUGUAGUGAUGAAAGAGAAAGAGGCAAUGGUGUUUCUGGGUUUUUUAGGCAAAGCAGUUUUAAUGAUGACUGUAAUUUCAAUUUUUGGGUGGAAUGGAGUAAAGGGCCAUCGGGUUCUUUUGGAUACAGACAUGGGUACUGAUGAUAUCUUUGCUCUAUUGUAUCUUUUGAAGCUUAACCCAUCCCAAAUCGACUUGCAGGCAGUAACUAUUAGCACAAAUGCAUGGAGUGAUGCAGGGCAUGCUAUUAAUCAAGUGUAUGACAUUCUUUACAUGAUGGGGCGCGAUGAUAUUGCUGUUGGUGUGGGAGGUGAAGGUGGAAUACUUCCUGAUAGUACCAUUCUGCCAAAUGUUGGAGGAUAUCUGCCUAUGAUAGAUCAGGGAAAUGGUACAGCUGGAUAUUGUAGAUAUAGGCAAACUAUUCCUGUGGGUCAUGGAGGACGUCUGGACAUUGACUCAAAUUAUGGGUUUCGGAAGAGCUUCCUUCCACAGGGCAAGAGAACAUAUUCACCUCUUCGACAGGCAACAGCUCAGAAAGUAAUGAUUGAAAUGAUUUCAGCUGGCCCCACAGUAGUUUUUCUUAUUGGAUCACUUACAAAUUUUGCUUUGUUUCUUCUAAGUAAUCCACAUUUAAAGAAAAAUGUUGAGCACAUUUACAUCAUGGGGGGUGGCAUAAGGUCAAAAAACCCUAAAGGACAAUGUGGUGACCGUGACAAUUUAUUUACAGAUUUCACAAGCAAUCCAUAUGCAGAGUUCAACAUAUUUAUGGAUCCUUUUGCUGCAUAUCAGGUUAUUCAUUCGGACAUUCCAAUUACUAUUGUCCCAUUGGAUGCCACUAACACCAUUCUUGUGAAUAAAAACUUUUUGGAGACCUUUGAGAAGAAUCAACACACCUAUGAAGCACAAUACUGUUUCAAGUCUCUGAAAAUCAUUCGCGAUACAUGGUUCGAUGACCAAUUCUAUAGGAGUUAUUUUAUGUGGGACUCAUUUAUGUCGGGUAUAUCUGCUUCAAUCAUGCGUAAACAACAUAACCACCAAGGAGAAAAUGAAUUUGCUGAAAUGGAGUAUAUCAAUGUUUAUAUCAAUGUUACUGUAGUUACUUCAAAUAAGCCAUAUGGUUUAUCUGAUGGAUCAAAUCCAUUCUUUGAUGGUAGUAAAACUCCAAGGUUCAACUUAGAAAGAAAUGGAGUUCACAGCGGCCAUGUUCAGACGAGACUUCGUGAUCCUUUUUGCAUAGUCAAGAACGGAAGGGGCAGAUGCCAGGAUGGUUAUACAAAAGAAGUUAACAAGCCAGGAGGAGUGCCUGUUCUUGUUGCUGUCAGAGCAAAACCUAAUCGAAAUGCUAGCAGCAUAUUAGACAGAGAGUUCUCUGUUAGCUUUCUGGAUGUCUUAAACCAAGCAGAACACACUGGAAGAUUCAAUUUCACCACACAAUUUCCUUAUUACAGAGAAGCAUUUUACAAACCGGAUCUGAGGGGAAAGAAUUUCGGGAAGAAUCUUGUUUUUGAUAUGGAUAUGAGUGUUGGAGACUUUCUAUCUCUCUUCUAUCUCCUCAAAUUACCUGUAGAAGAUAUCAAUCUCAAGGCUAUAAUAGUGAGUCCGACUGGCUGGGCAAAUGCUGCAACAAUUGAUUGUGUAUAUGAUUUGCUUCACAUGAUGGGUCGUGACGACAUUCCUGUGGGCCUUGGAAAUGGAUUUGCAAUGAACCAGUCUGAUACUGUUUUCUCUACCGUUGGAGACUGCAGAUACAGCAAGGUUAUCCCACAAGGUAGCGGUGGAUAUCUAGACUCGGACACUUUGUAUGGUUUAGCUCGUUCUUUACCUCGAAGUCCUAGGAGAUACACAGCAGAAAAUUCUGUAAAAUUUGGAGCUCCUCGAAAUACUGAUCAUCCUGAACUCAGUCAACCUCUAGCAUUGGAAGUAUUGGAAUCAGUGGUGAAAUCACUUGAUCCUGGAUCGAAAAUUACUAUUUUGGCGAAUGGCCCAUUGACUAAUAUAGCAAAGCUUAUUCUGGAAGGAAAGAAUACAAGCAAUGUUAUACAGGAUAUAUUAAUUGUUGGGGGACACAUCAAUUAUAAUAACACCGAGAAGGGAAAUGUCAUCAAUGUUCCUUGUAACAAAUUUGCGGAACUGAAUACGUUUCUUGACCCUUUUGCUGCAAAAACAGUUCUGAGUUCUGAACAUAAUAUCACUCUCAUUCCACUUGGAAUGCAGCGGAAAGUCAGUGCAUUCCCUCAAAUUCUUGAAAAACUCUACUUGAAAAGGACACCAGAAGCAGUCUUUGCCAGGCGCUUGAUGUCAAGGUUGUAUUGCCUGCAAAAGCUCCAUCCUGCAUACCAACAUGUGGAUAUGUUUAUUGGUGAGAUCCUUGGUGCAGUAGUAGCUGGAGAUCUGUCAGCACUAAAAUCUACCUUUGAAUUGAAGAAGUUAAAAGUGAGUGCUACUGGAGUUGAAUCUGAAGAUGGCGAAAUCAGUAUUGAUAAAGAGCACGGAAAAACAGUAAAAGUAUUGGAGAGUGUGGAUCCAUCAGCUUAUUACAAUGUUUUUGCAAAACGACUUGGGGAUAAAACGCUGGCAGCUGUAAUUGGAAGCUUCAAUGAGCAGAGAAGAAUUUGGAGUACACCAUCUAAUUCAUCUAAAAUUUAGCAACAAAUGCAAAGUUUCACAUUCAGAACGUGAGCACUAUAUCCGCAUGGUUUAACAAGCAAGCGUUUUGUUACAUUUAGAGUUACUGGAUACGUAUUUGUGUUGAUGGAAGGUAGCUGUGAUAAAAUAGUGGAGAUGAGGUCUUAACAUGAUUCAUAUGAUCAAUUGUUGUGUUGAUUGGAGACUACCAAUUUCAAAAAUUUGUUCA